ACGAGAUGCUGGUGCUACGAGUCGCAGUCGUGCUGGCGCUGUGCGCGUGCGCCGCGAGCGACCGCUACCACGCCGAGCCGCCCGCGCGCGCCGCCGCCGCGCCCGCGCCGCGCCAAGCCGAGCUCACCAAGGCCUACUGGUACGACGAGGCGCAGGCCGCCAUCGAGAAACGCGCACGUCGCUCUGCCGGCAAGGGCAAAGCCAAAAACAUAGUUUUCUUCUUGGGGGACGGCAUGUCCAUACCGACGCUGGCCGCCGCCCGAACGCUGCUUGGACAGAGACAGGGACGUACCGGCGAAGAGAGUGAGCUUUCGUUUGAGUCAUUUCCGUCUGUUGGUUUGAGUAAGACAUAUUGCGUCAACCAUCAGAUUGCGGAUUCAGCGUGUUCAGCGACGGCGUACCUUUGUGGGGUGAAGAACAACUACGGCACGCUGGGUCUCACGGCUGCAGUUGCGCGUCACGAUUGCGAAGCAUCUCUCGACGCUAGUACACAUUUGGAGUCGAUUGCAGCUUGGGCGAUCCAGGAUGGACGCGAUGCAGGUGUAGUGACUAAUACGCGCAUCACUCACGCGUCGCCCGCGGGCCUGUACGCCAAAGCAGCCAACCGCAACUGGGAGAGAGACGAGCAGGUCACAGCGGCCAACGUAAACAUCAGCUCUUGCCCCGACAUUGCUCAUCAGCUGAUACAUCAUUAUCCCGGAAAUGAGUUUAAGGUUAUAUUAGGUGGAGGAAGGCGGGAAUUUUACCCAAACACUAUCAGGGAUGAGGAAGAUAGUCUAGGUAGAAGAACUGAUGAUCGUAAUCUGGUUGAAGAAUGGUUUGAGGAAAAACGCAGCCGUAAUGCUACUUACAAAUAUCUGUGGAACAGAAGUCAAUUGAAGGAUGCCCUCAAUGAUCCACCAGAUUACAUUUUAGGAUUGUUUGAGGACACUCACAUUCCAUAUCAUGCAGAGGCAAAUAAUGAGACAGAACCUACACUAGCCGAGAUGACCGAACUGGCAAUUAAGACUUUGCAACGCAACGAGAACGGCUUCUUCCUGUUCGUGGAGAGCGGACGCAUCGACCACGCACACCACGCCAACUACGUGGAGCUCGCGCUGGACGAGACCAUCCGCCUGAGCGACGCCGUGACGGUCGCCACCGAGCUGCUGUCCGAGGAGGACUCGCUCAUCGUGGUCACGGCCGACCACGCGCACGUGAUGGCCUUCAACGGCUACACGCAGCGCGGCGGCUCCAUCGUGGGCCGCUCCGACUACACCGGCCAGGACGGCGUGCCCUACAUGACUAUCUCUUACGCCAACGGCCCGGGCGCGCGCGCGCAUACCGACGGCGUGCGGGUUGACGUUACAGCCGAGGAGAACUUCGGCGAUCUCCGCUGGCGAUCGCACGCCGAAGUGCCGCUGAGCUCGGAGACGCACGGCGGCGACGACGUGGGCGUGUUCGCGCGCGGGCCGCACCACGACUUGUUCACGGGCGUGUACGAGCAGAGCCAGCUGCCGCACCUCAUGGCCUACGCCGGCUGCUUCGGGCCGGGCCCGCACGCCUGCAACGCCGCGCCUGUUCUCGCCAACACGAUCGCUUUCACUUCACUCCUGGUCGUUCUACUGGCAAUUCAGCGCUUUCUUUAUUUAUAAUUUCUUUUCAUUUAUUAACAACAACUG